GCUGGGGCUGAGGCUCCGGCCGUCGGCGGACGGAGCGGCCCCGACCCUCGAGCCUGGAGUUUGGCGUCGGAACAACCCGGUCUGGGAUCGCCGCGUGUGUCGGCGGCCCGGGGAAGCCAUCCCGGUCGGCGGUGGCGUCUCGGCGUGCGCGAGCGCCCACAGAAGCCAGAAGGUGUCAGAUCUCCUGGAGCUGGAAGUAUAGGCUAUUGUAAGCCUUCUGACAUGGGUCCUGGGACCAAACUUGGGUCUUCUGGAAGAACUGCGUGUGUUCUUAACCGCCAAGCCAUCUCUGCAGCUACCAAGGAGGGAUCUUGAGCAGAUCGACUGAUAACGAAGCUACUAUGAGUCUGUUAAACUGUGAAAACAGCUGUGGGUCCAGCCAGUCCUCAAGUGACUGCUGUGCUGCCAUGGCCACUUCCUGCAGUUCUGCAAUGAAAGACGACAGUGUGAGUGUAUCUACCUCCACGGGGAACAUCUCCAGCUCCUUCAUGGAAGAGAUCCAAGGAUAUGAUGUAGAGUUUGACCCACCUUUGGAAAGCAAGUAUGAGUGCCCUAUCUGCUUAAUGGCGUUACGGGAAGCAGUGCAAACACCAUGUGGCCACAGGUUCUGCAAAGCCUGCAUCAUCAAAUCCAUCAGGGAUGCAGGUCACAAGUGCCCAGUUGACAAUGAAAUACUGCUUGAAAAUCAACUGUUUCCUGACAAUUUUGCAAAGCGAGAGAUUCUUUCCCUGACAGUAAAGUGCCCAAAUAAAGGCUGUUUGCAAAAAAUGGAACUGAGACAUCUCGAGGAUCAUCAAGUCCAUUGUGAAUUUGCUCUAAUGAAUUGUCCUCAGUGCCAACGUCCUUUCCAGAAGUGCCAGUUUAAUACACACAUUAUUGAGGACUGUCCCAGGAGACAGGUUGCCUGUGUAAACUGUGCUGUGGCCAUGCCCUAUGAAGAUAAAGAGAUCCAUGAUCAGAGCUGUCCUUUGGCAAAUAUCAUCUGUGAAUACUGUGGUACAAUCCUCAUCAGAGAGCAGAUGCCUAAUCAUUAUGAUCUAGACUGCCCAACCGCUCCAAUCCCUUGCACAUUCAGUGUUUUUGGCUGUCAUGAAAAGAUGCAGAGGAAUCACUUGGCACGACACCUGCAAGAGAAUACCCAGUUGCACAUGAGACUGUUGGCCCAAGCUGUUCACAACGUGAACCUCACUCUGCGUCCAUGUGAUGCUUCCUCUCCGUCCCGGGGUUAUCGUUCAGAGGACCCAAAUUAUGAGGAAACUGUCAAACAAUUGGAGAGCCGCCUAGUAAGACAGGACCAUCAAAUCCGGGAGCUGACAGCCAAAAUGGAAACUCAGAGUAUGUAUGUAAGCGAGCUCAAACGAACCAUUCGAACCCUUGAGGACAGAGUUGCUGAAAUGGAAGCACAGCAGUGUAAUGGGAUUUACAUUUGGAAGAUUGGCAACUUUGGAAUGCACUUGAAAUCCCAAGAAGAGGAAAAACCUGUUGUCAUUCAUAGCCCUGGAUUCUACACAGGCAGACCUGGGUACAAGCUCUGCAUGCGCCUUCAUCUUCAGUUACCAACGGCUCAGCGCUGUGCGAACUAUAUAUCCCUUUUUGUCCACACAAUGCAAGGAGACUACGACAGCCAUCUCCCCUGGCCCUUCCAGGGUACAAUACGCCUUACAAUUCUUGAUCAGUCUGAAGCAGUAAUAAGGCAAAACCAUGAAGAGGUCAUGGAUGCUAAACCAGAGCUGCUUGCCUUUCAGCGACCCACAAUCCCACGGAACCCCAAAGGUUUUGGCUACGUAACAUUUAUGCACCUGGAAGCCUUAAGACAGGGAACCUUUGUUAAGGAUGAUACAUUAUUAGUGCGCUGUGAAGUCUCUACCCGCUUUGACAUGGGUGGCCUUCGGAAGGAGGGUUUCCAGCCACGAAGCACUGAUGCAGGGGUGUAGCAUCCAUUUGCUUGUGUUAAAAAACUAGGAACCAUAUGGAGAAAUGGUGUCUUCCUUGCACGGUUCCAAACAAGCAGUGGGAAAGGUGGAGCAUCUAGCAGCACAUGUCUUAUUGAGGUCACUGUCCACUUCUUACUGUCACAAAUAUCUGAGGUAGUUUUCAUAGGAAUCUACAUGUUCCCAGUGUCUUCAGAAACUUAACAUUUGAAGAGCCUGUUGCUCAUGUGUUUGUCAGGGCACCUCUUUACUCUAUUUUCAUGGGCUUUUUUGUCCAUAUACUUUACUGUAAAAAGGCCAGAGUUAGUGUGCUGAAGCUCAAUCAUUUAAUGAUCCUAGGUGCCUUAAAAACUUGAGGCUGUUUUUAGGACAUGUAUGCAGCAUAGUAAAUGAGAGAAUCACUACUGCCUUUGCUGAUGCCAGGGAGACAGUUACUGCUCUGGUGUGGAGUUCUCAUUUUUAUGAUUCCUGUGAAUUUCAGAAGCUCUGAACCGAGAUCCCUGGAAAGCUUAAGUUCUCAUGUCCUCCCUUUCCCAUUGUUCACUAAGGAUCCAGGGACUGGUUUAACCCUUACUUAUUUAGUGUGAACAUAUUGUCUGUUGAGCACCAAGUGUUUCUCUCCCGCUUGCAUAUUUUGAGGCUCCAGGCAGCAGCUUCAGUUUGUAAUGCUGUGUUAAUGUGGUUGCCAACUGUUAAGUGUUAUUGCCAUGUAACCUUUCUUGACUGUUCGUUGAAGCUUGGUUUCUCACCCCUGUGCAUAUCUUCUGUUGCUUGCAAACACAAAAUCACCAGCACAAACAUUAAAAGUAAUUCAGUUCAUCAGCCAUUAAACGGCAUCUCAUGAAUGACAACAGAAACUCUUAGAGCCAGGACACUUCAGCCCUCUUAUGUACCUUUUGAUUUAGCUUAGCUAAUUGAAAUACGGUUGAUUUCCUCAAGGGGCUAGAGAAAUGGCUCAGUGGUAAGAGCACUGGCUGUUCAUCCAGAAGACCCUGGUUCAAUUCCCAUCACCUACAUGGCAGUUCACAAGUGUCUGUAACUCCAGUUCCAGGGGAUCUGAUACCCUCACAGAGACAUACAUGCAAGCAAAACACCAAUGCACAUAAAAUAAAAAUAAAUAAGUAGAUAAAAAUUGAUUUCCUAGUCCAGCUCAGUGCAUUGAUAAGCCUGUUCUGUGGACUGUAUUGGCAUGGCCAGGUGUUCCUAAUAUGGAGAGGUGAUUGUUGUGCUGCUGUGUAUUUGUUAAUGGCCUGUUCGUACACGACACUGUGGAAUCCAGUUCUCAGGAAGCCUGAUUAGAGCCUUUAUAAGAACCGAUGGGAAUCUGUCUACUGCUUGCUGUUUACACAAAAUUAAGUUUUAUGGCAAUUUUUAAAAAAAAGGCAUUUUUAUCUCCAGUUGAAUCAGAGCCCCUGACCAGUGCUCAGAUCUGCUGUGCUUUCCAGAAGACGCUGAGAGACCUUGACUGACGGUUCUGGUUUUCAGUUGCAGCCUGUCCCCUGCCAUUGUCACUUCUUUUUGUUUUUCUCUUUGCUUCCAUUCCACCCAUAAAGGUAAAGUAAAGAUCCUGUCGCUCACUAUUAGCACAAGUUCAUCAUGGGUCAUCAGUUGGGUUUCCUGGUACUAUGUGUCCCUUAGCUGUGCUUCUAGCAGACCUGAGAUGCUUGCAGUACCUCCUACCUAGGGAAACCUGCAUGGCCCCUUCUCCUGUGCUUGUUUCCCAGUGAGUACAUAAAUACAGGGUUUUCUGAAAGUAAGCAGUAGUUAUUUUUGUAUUUAUUUAGAAAAUGCCUGAAGAAGAUUUACGCAGCUACUUGAGGACUUACUUUCUUUACGUAUUCUUAAUUUUUUAAUGUGUUCUAUAAUAAGCAUUUUAUCUGGAGAAAGUUAAGUGUCACCACAGAAUAUCAGCUCCCCUCCCCCUUCGAGUUGAAAAAGGAAAUGAUAUUUUAAUACUUCCUGAUCACUUUUCUAUUUAAAAGAUGUCUGUAUUAGGUAGUAAGAAGAGUCAUUUCAUGCCUUGGGUUUGAAUUUUUUUUUUAAACUCCAGCAUCUUUAGUUUUUUUGCUUAAGUUAAACUUUUCCCAUCUUGCAGUUUGUCCUUCUGUAAAGCAAGUUGGACUAGCUAUUUCUAGCAUCUGUGUUGAGCAGUUCAGUGCUAGCAGCAGAACACUGACAGUGCUCACUAAAAGGCUUCACCUGUUGGAAACUGGUAUGGCUGCCCCUGCUACUCACAAAGGCUUUACUUCAGCAGAAGUGCAUCUGACUUCCAGCAUUUGGUGUCUGUAAAAAGCCAACCAGUUCUUUUAUGAUACUUAGUCGCCAUAAAUUCAGAGUAAAAAUAAGCUGACAUUCAAAGCCAACUCAUGGUUGAGUCUUACCCUAGAAAGCUGAUUUCUUUAUACACACUUUUUAACCACCUCCCUCCUGCACAUUCUGUCCGUGAGAACCUAUAUAAUCUAGAGCGUAUUGGCCACCUUUUCUUACCAAACUAGAACAUUGCUAUUUUUAAAAUUGUUUCUUAGAAAAAAAUUUCAACUUUCUAUUGGAGGUUUUUCUCCAAGUAAAAUAUUUUCUUAUUAGAAAUCAGACCAGAUUAUGGUUGUAGUUUGGUUAUUGGUUACUGUCCAUUGGCUGUUACCAUUUCUAGCCAUUCAGCUUUCUUUCAGAGAAUGAAGAGGAGGGAAAAGUGAACUAGAAGUAAAGAAGUGCUUUUUCACCCUAAUAAAAUCUAACUGACAGGGGUUGGGUGUUCUCUAACAGUUAAAUUCUGUGACUGUGUAAAGUUUAAUUCGUACCAGGAUCAAGCAAGGUUAAGACUUAACUUGCGAAUUAUGCCUGCAAUUAGAAUAUCUUCUCUUUACAGAGAAGUUGCUUGUUACUGCUUUAUCUGGAGUUUCUUUAAUUCUCCUGUGACCAGAACAUGUUUUAAUUACUAGAGAGGUUACUAACUUAAGACUUUGAAGUGCCUCUCUCUUUCUCUCUCUCUCUCUCUCUCUUAUUAACCCUCUUCUGAGUUGCCUCAAAUGUUCUCCAUUGUCUUCACAUAAAAUGCUAUUACAAUUUUUGUGGGAUGUUUGUUGAUUAGUUUCCGUGGUGCCUGAAGGGAAUCAAUAGGGCAGAGUCAACAGUCAUCUGAUCAUCUGUUGAAAUACUGACAUGUCAGCAUUCUCAGGAUAGCUCUCAUUUGCUUCAUAAUCUGUGUGAUUAUCUGUGGAAUGCCUUGGUGCUUCCCGAUUCCCAGAAUCCAGAAACAUGAAGCCAAAUGUGACCAACCUGAACAAGUUCACACUGGGUCACAAGCCUUGAAGUGACUAGAAAGGGAUUAACCAAGUUAUUUCUCUGAGUGCCCUAUGUGUCCUUGAAGCUCAGCCCCCACCCCUACCCAAAAAGUUCAGGUUAAUAAAAAAAAAAAAUACAACAUGAAAACAAUUCUAGUUGAAAAUGUUGUAGAAUGUGGAGAGGUGCUCCUUUUCCUGCCCUAUGUCUCAGCAAAACUAGCCCUGCCUGGCAGAGAAAGGAAGGGUGGCCCGCUGGACACUUGCCACCCAGAAUGUAGCUCUGUCUCCUGAAACCCCGUUCCCUUCAUCUCGGGCCCCAGGAGAGGGCAGGGCUCCCGUUCUGGUCACUGCUGAAUCCCCUCUUAGAAUGCUGUGUUUGGGCCUGGCCAAUAGUAACAACACUUACUGAAAGGCAGCAUGGAAGCUGACUGGGUUCUGGGUAGCCUACUUGUCAUGUAAGUCACUUGGUAAAGUGAAUGUUCUCUUUUCUGCUCUUCCCCCAGGACUUUUUAUUAUGGCAGUCUCAUAGAUGGAGAUAUACUUAAAACCUAGCAAACAUCUGCUACCUAGGAUCUGCAGUAACAUUUUGUUAGGUUUGCUCUGUGAUGUAAUAAUGUAACUUGUAGUUUUUCUUUAAGACUGUUUAGUCCUGAACUAAUUAAACAACAUGUAGUUGUCUAAAAUUCUCCUUGGAAACUUGUGAUAUUUUAUUGUAACCACCACUUUAUGCCAUCUUGAAAUUUGUGUGAAUGUUAUACGGAAUUUUAAUCUUAUUCCUUUGUCUACAGGAGUAUUUUUCAUAAAGGAUUUAU